CAGCCUCUGAGCCAAUCGGCUGGGGCUUUGUAGCGCAGCUGCCAGGCCGUGACCCUGGUGUCAUGGCCGCUUGCACGGGGUGCCAGGUCUGCUGCCGCGCUGGGCUCAGGAAGCUGGCCGCGGCCAGCAGUUUCCGUCCGCUGCUCGGCACCAUGAGGCGUUGGCUGGGACCGGGCGCUCGGCUGGUACAGCUGGCCCAGGCCCGAGGCUUGCAGGGCGGCGCCGGACCCUACAAGGUGGCGUCGGUGGACGUGGGGAGCAGAAAGUUGGAAAUUUCCUCUGGAAAACUGGCCAGAUUUGCUGAUGGAUGUGCUGUAGUGCAGUUAGGUGAUACAUCAGUGAUGGUCACAGCAGUCAGUAAAACAAAGCCUUCUCCAUCCCAGUUCAUGCCAUUGGUGGUUGACUAUCGCCAGAAAGCUGCUGCAGCAGGAAGGAUUCCCACAAACUAUCUUAGAAGAGAACUUGGUUCCACUGAUAAAGAAAUUCUUACAAGCAGAGUAAUAGAUCGAUCAAUUAGGCCACUCUUCCCAGCAGGCUACUAUUAUGAUACACAGAUCCUUUGUAAUCUUUUAGCAGUAGAUGGAGUUAAUGAUCCUGAUGUCCUGGCAAUUAAUGGAGCAUCUGCAGCACUUGCAUUAUCAGAUAUCCCAUGGAAUGGUCCCAUUGGUGCAGUAAGGGUAGGAAUGGUUGAUGGAGAAGUUGUUAUUAACCCAACUCGAAAAGAAAUGUCUUCUAGUACCUUGAACUUAUUGGUCACUGGAGCUCCUCAUAGUCAAAUUGUCAUGUUGGAAGCAGCAGCCGAGAAUAUGUUGCAGCAAGACUUCUGCCAUGCCAUCAAAGUGGGAGUGAAGCAUACUCAACAAAUAAUUCAGUGUAUACAGCAACUGGUAAAAGAACAAGGUGCUGCCAAGAGAACUGUUCAGAAGUUAUUUAGUGCUCAAGCAGAGAUUGUUGAAUGUGCAAAGCAGCUUGCCUCUGACAAGGUCUGUGCUGUAUUUGCAGAUUUUAGCCAUGACAAAAUUUCUAGAGAUGAAGCAGUUAACAAGAUAAGACUUGAGACAGAAGAACAGUUGAAAGAGAAAUUUCCAGAGGCUGAGUCUUAUGAAAUUAUGGAAUCCUUUAAUGUUAUUUCAAAGGAUAUUUUUAGAAGCUUUAUUCUGAAUGAAUACAGAAGGUGUGAUGGUAGAGACUUGACUUCUCUCAGAAAUAUCAGUUGUGAAGUGGAUAUGUUUAAAACACUUCAUGGAUCAGCAUUAUUUCAGAGAGGUCAAACACAGGUUCUCUGUACAGUUACAUUUGAUUCGCUAGAAUCAAGUGUAAAAUCUGAUCUUAUCACAACAGCUGUGAGUGGAAUAAAAGAUAAAAACUUUAUGCUGCAUUAUGAGUUUCCUCCUUAUGCAACUAAUGAGAUUGGCAAAGUUACUGGUGUGAACAGAAGAGAACUUGGACAUGGUGCACUUGCAGAGAAAGCUUUGAAGCCAGUUAUUCCUCAAGAUUUCCCUUUCACAAUAAGGGUUACUUCAGAAGUCUUGGAGUCAAAUGGAUCUUCUUCAAUGGCUUCAGUAUGUGGUGGAAGUUUGGCAUUAAUGGAUGCAGGAGUCCCAAUAUCAGCUGCUGUGGCAGGUGUAGCAGUAGGAUUGGUUACCAGAUGUCAUCCUGAGAAAAAUGGAGAAAUUGAGGAUUAUCGUUUGUUGACAGACAUCCUAGGAAUUGAAGAUUACAAUGGUGAUAUGGACUUCAAAAUGGCUGGUACGAAUAAAGGAAUAACUGCUUUGCAGGCUGAUAUAAAACUACCAGGGAUACCACUAAAAAUUGUAAUGGAAGCCAUCCAACAAGCCACAGUUGCAAAGAGAGAAAUCUUGCAAAUUAUGAACAAAACAAUUGCGAAACCCAGACCAAACAGAAAAGAAAAUGGACCAGUUGUAGAAACUGUUCAGGUACCCCUAUCAAAAAGAGUGAGGUUUGUUGGCCCAGGUGGCUAUAACUUAAAAAAACUUCAAGCUGAAACUGGGGUAACAGUGAGUCAGUUGGAUGAAGAGAUGUUUUCUGUGUUUGCCCCAACGCCUAAUGCUAUGCAUGAAGCACGAGAGUUUAUUAACGAAAUCUGCAAAGAUGAUCAGGAGCAUCAUUUGGAAUUUGGAGCUGUUUAUACAGCCACAAUAACUGAAAUUAGAGAUAUUGGAGUGAUGGUAAAACUGUAUCCGAAUAUGUCUCCAGUGCUACUUCAUAAUUCACAACUUGAUCAAAGAAAGAUUAAACAUCCUAGUGCCCUGGGAUUAGAUGUUGGCCAAGAAAUUCAGGUGAAAUACUUCGGUCGUGAUCCAACUGAUGGCCGAAUGAGGCUUUCACGUAAAGUACUUCAGUCACCAGCCACAACUGUGGUUAAAACUCUAAGUGACAAAAACAGUAUUGUAAUGGGAGCUGCAAUUCCGGAGUCAUCUAGCUCAUCCUGUUGACUAAUAAACCUAUUCCAGGAGGGAUCAGAGCCCCCUCAACCCUUUUUCCAUUGGGGAAUCUCUUGGACAGAAAGGGUGGCAGCCAUCACAGAGGAAGUCUAAGUAAACUGCCACCUGCUCAUCCAUCAACACAUAUAUAAAGCACCACUGGCUUGACCUUUGCUUGUCUGCAGAAACAUCCUUUGGCAGGAAGGCACUCUAAGUAGUGUUCCCAAAAUAGAUCAAUGCUUCUAAUUUUAGGGAAGGGAGGAUGGGACCUUAUGUCUGUCCUGCUUAUUGCUCCCUUAAUUUUUUUUUUAUUAUUAUUUUUUUUUUUUACUGUUUGCUCUGUGCCAAAGGAAUCGGGCUCGGGAAGAGGAAAGAAUCUAAAAUGGAAAACGUGUUACCUGAGUUCAUUUCUGAGAAGUCCUUCGACUAUCUUCAUGAUGGCAUUUUGAGGUUCCAGAUACUGUAUAUAGCUAAAACAGUUGAAAACAUCACUGUUUAUUUCUUAAGAGACUAUAUAACUUUAAGUGUUUCCAUACUGCUUUGUGAGUACUUGUCUGACUCAGGUGGCAGAGGGGUAUAAGGGCAUGUCUACACUACGAAAUUAGGUCGAUUUUAUAGAAGUCGAUCUUUAGUAAGUGAUUUUAUACAGUCGAUUGUGCAUGUCCCCACUAAGUGCAUUAGGUCGGUGGAGUGUGUCCUCAAUACCAUGGCUAGCAUCAACUCACGGAGUGAUGCACUGUGGGUAGCUAUCCCACAGUCCCCGCUGCCCACUGGAAUUCUGGGUUAAGCUCCCAAUACCUGAGGGGCGAAAACAUUGUCGCGGGUGGUUUUGGGUACAUGUUGUCAGUCUCCCCUCCCUCCCUCUUUGAAAGCAACGGCAAACAAUCAUUUCGCGCCUUUUUUCCUGGGUUAUCUGUGCAGAGACCAUAGCACGGCAAGCAUGGAGCCCGCUCAGCUGCACACUGCUUUUGUGAGCAUUGUAAACACCUCGCGCAUUAUCCUGCAGUAUGUGCAGAGCCUAGCUAGGAGCCACCAGCAUGAAGAAGAUUGGGAGGAGGACAUGAACACAGACGUUCCUGAAAGCACGGGAUGUGGCAAUUGGGAUAUCAUGGCAGCAUUGGGGCAUGUUGAUACAGUGGAACGCCGAUUCUGAGCCUGGCAAACAAGCAAAGACUGGUUGGAUCGCACAGUGUUGCAGGUGUGGGAUGAUUCCCAGUGGCUGAGAAACUUUUGUAUGUGUAAGGCCACUUUCAUGGAAGUUUGUGAGUUGCUUUCUCCCACCCUGAAGCGCAGGAAUACCAAGAUGAGACCUGCCUUGACUGUUGAGAAGUGAGUGGCAAUAGCCCUGUGGAAGCUUGCAACGCCUGACUGCUACCAGUCAGUUGAGAAUCAAUUUGGAGUGGGCAAAUCUACCAUGGGGGCUGCUGUAAUCCAAGUAGCCAGGGCAGUCAGUACCCUUCUGGGAAAUGCGUAGGUCAUAGUGGAUGGCUUUGUUGCAAUGGGGUUCCUUAACUGUGGUGAGGCAAUAGACGGAACGCAUAUCCCUAUCUUGGCACCGGACCACUUUGCCAAAGAAUACAUAAACCGCAAGGAGUACUUCUCAAUGGUGUUGAAAGCACUGGUGGACCACAAGGGCCAUUUCACCGACAUCAAUGUGGGAUGAUCGGGAAAGGUGCAUGACGCUCGCAUCUUUCGGAACUCCAGGCUGUAGAGGAGGAAAGAGGAGGAAAGAAGGAACUUUCUUCCCAGAUCAGAAAAUUACCGUUGCGGAUGUUGAAAUGCCAAUAGUUAUUCUUGGGGACCCAGCAUACCCCUUGCUCCCAUGGCUCAUGAAGCCGUACACAGGCAGCCUGGACAGCAGAAAGGAGCAGUUCAACUAUAGGCUGAGCAAGUGCAGAAUGGUGGUAGAAUGUGCCUUUGGACUUUUAAAAGGGCGCUGGCGCUGUUUGCUGAAUAGAUUAGACCUCAGCGAAAGCAAUAUUCCCAUUGUUAUUGCUGCUUGCUGUGUGCUCCAUAAUAUCUGUGAGAGUAAGGGGGAAACGUUUAUGGCGGGGUGGGAGGUUGAAGCAGAUCGCCUGGUGGCCAAUUUUGAACAGCCAGACACCAAGCUAAUUCAAAGAGCACACCGAGGUGCACAUCAGAGAGGCUUUGAAAAACAGUUUCAUGACUGACCAGGCUAUGGUGGUGUGACAGUUGUGUCUGUUUGUCCUUGAUGCAAAGCCGCCCCCUUUGGUGAAUGUACUUCCCUGUAAGCCAAUCCCCCUCCCCCCUUCGACCACAGCUGGCACAGGAAAUAAAGUCCCUAUUGUUCUGAAUCCAUUCAUUCUUUAUUUAUUAAAAAAAAACCUUGAGAUCACUGACAAUGCUGA